UGCUGGGAUCAGCCACCAACGCCGGCUCCGCCACCGUCUCCAGCGCCCACUCCGAAUUUGCCAUUCUGCGUUGGAGCAUAUGCGGACCUCUUCGUAAACGCCUAUUACAGUGAUGAGCCCGACGGAUGCACCACGUAUGCAAGUGACUGGCCAGGCCCGGACGGUGUGACUAUUGGCGGGAGCUAUUCUUAUUGCGAUGACGACACGAAUACUUUCGAUGGGGUCGAAUACACAGCAGCUGAGAUUUGCGCAGAGUGCGACCAGUGCUGGGAUCAGCCACCAACGCCGCCUCCGACAUACUCGCCGCCUCCGACGCCAGCCCCGACUUUGGCUCCGACGCCGGCUCCGACGCUGGCGCCGACAUCACCGCCAGCGCCGACACCGCCGCCGUUGUGCAGGGAGUGGUGCGAUACAGAUUCGGACCCGUCCCAGUGCGACUGGGGCGCUUGCAACGGCUGCUCUGCGUGCAUUCCGCCGUCUGCAGCGCCGACUCCAGCGCCACCGACUCCAGCGCCGCAGCCGACUGCAGCAGCUACGCCGGCGCCCACCUCUCCCCCCACGUCAUCACCUACGCCAGCACCUACGCCAGCACCGCUUCAGACGCCAGCACCUACGCCAGAACCUACGCCAGCACCCACGGCAGCACCGCUUCAGACGUCAGCACCUACGCCAGCACCUACUCCAGCACCUACGCCAGCACCUACGCCAGCACCUACGCCAGCACCUACGCCAGAACCUACGUCAACACCUACGACAGCACCUACUCCAGCACCUACGCCAGAACCUACGCCAGCACCUACGCCAGCACCGCCAAUAUCUCUUCCGACGGCAGCACCAACGCCAGCGCCAACGGCUGAACCCGUCUACGCCAUGAUCUACAGUGUAGGAAAGUGCAAAGGGACCGGGGCCACGACCACGGCGGGCAGUCUCGAGGAAUGUGCCAUCUUGUGCGACGCACAAGUGGGUUGUCUCUUCUUGAGUUAUUCUGUUGGUUCUGGGGACUGUAAGCUUUCUCAGGACUGUGACGACGUCGGUUCAGACCCGAGCUACAGCGUGUACCAGAUUGGCGCAACCCCGGCUCCAACUGCGGCACCAACGCCACUGACCUGGGGCAUCUACGCUACUGGAAAGUGCAAGGGUGCCGCGACGUCGGACCUUACUGGAAUGACCGUCGCUGAAUGCGGCAGUUUGUGCGGGCAGUCGAACGGCUGCAUGUUCUUCAGCCACUCCUCGACGGAAUGCCAUGUGCAUCCUGGCUGUGCCGAUGUGAACCCAUACCUAACAGACUCCACAAUCUACCAGUUGUAUUUGACCAUGGCGCCCACCUUCGCGCCAGGGGUCCCAACACCUGCGCCCACCCCGGUGACGUAUGGGAUCUACGACACAGGAAAGUGCAAGGGCACUGGCACGACGGACAGUUCCGGACUGACCGUCGAGCAGUGCGGCAGCCUGUGCGCACAGACGAGUGGUUGCAUGUUCUUCAGCUACUCCGCGACGGAGUGCAAGCUGAGUGACACUUGUGUCGGCAUCAACUCGUUCGAGACGGACUUCACAAUCUACCACUUGGCGUUGACCCUGGCGCCCACCUUCGCGCCAGGGGUCCCAACACCUGCGCCCACCCCGGUGACGUAUGGGAUCUACGACACAGGAAAGUGCAAGGGCACUGGCACGACGGACAGUUCCGGACUGACCGUCGAGCAGUGCGGCAGCCUGUGCGCGCAGUCGAGUGGUUGCAUGUUCUUCAGCUACUCCGCGACGGAGUGCAAGCUGAGUGACACCUGUGACGGCAUCAACUCGUUCGAGACGGACUUCACAAUCUACCACUUGGCGUUGACCCUGGCGCCCACCUUCGCGCCAGGGGUCCCAACACCUGCGCCCACCCCGGUGAUGUAUGGGAUCUACGACACAGGAAAGUGCAAGGGCACUGGCACGACGGACAGUUCCGGACUGACCGUCGAGCAGUGCGGCAGCCUGUGCGCGCAGUCGAGUGGUUGCAUGUUCUUCAGCUACUCCGCGACGGAGUGCAAGCUGAGUGACACCUGUGACGGCAUCAACUCGUUCGAGACGGACUUCACAAUCUACCACUUGGCGUUGACCCUGGCGCCCACCUUCGCGCCAGGGGUCCCAACACCUGCGCCCACCCCGGUGACGUAUGGGAUCUACGACACAGGAAAGUGCAAGGGCACUGGCACGACGGACAGUUCCGGACUGACCGUCGAGCAGUGCGGCAGCCUGUGCGCGCAGUCGAGUGGUUGCAUGUUCUUCAGCUACUCCGCGACGGAGUGCAAGCUGAGUGACACCUGUGACGGCAUCAACUCGUUCGAGACGGACUUCACAAUCUACCACUUGGCGUUGACCUUGGCGCCCACCUUCGCGCCAGGGGUGCCGACCCCUGCGCCCACCCCGCUGGUCUACACGCUGUGGAAUUCGGUCGGGAUGUGCAAAGGAACUCCGCUGGCAUUUCCCACCACAGCGGACCUCCAGGCCUGCGGGGUCGCCUGCUUGGCUCAGUCGGGCUGCGCGUACUUCAGCUACGCGAGCAGCUCUGGAGGCUGCAAGCUUACUUCGUCGUGCGACAGGAACAAGUGGAUGACAGACUACGCGAUCUACGAGCUGGGCGCGCGGUGA